AUGUUAUCAAAAAAACGGUUAAUUUUAUCAAGAAUAAAACUCAAUAGAAUAUAUUGGCGAUGGUUUUCAUUAAAAUCCAGCGCCGGAGAAAUCGAGAUUCCAUUUUCAAACGGCACUGUUCUCAAAUUGUCAACGGGCCGCUAUGCCAGGUUUGCGGAUGGAGCCUGUGUGGCGAGACUAGGGGAUACAAGUAUAUUAUCCACAGUAGUAUCUAAAGCUAAGCAAAGCACAGCGUCAUUUCUACCUUUAGUUGUGGAUUAUAGACAGAAGGCAGCUGCAGCGGGCCGGAUACCAACUAACUUUCUCAGAAGAGAAUUAGGGCCAACGGAACGUGAGAUCCUCACAUCACGUUUGAUUGACCGUUCCCUGAGGCCAUUAUUUCCACAUAACUACAACUAUGACACCCAGAUAGCAUGUAACAUGAUGGCAGUAGAUGCUACAAAUCCUCCUGAGGCUAUAGCUAUUAAUGCUGCCAGUGCUGCUUUAGCACUAUCUGAUGUACCCUGGAAUGGUCCAGUAGGAGCAGUCAGGUUAGGUCAAAUAGAUAACGAAGUGAUAAUUAACCCUACCCGCAAAGACCUGGAGAAUUCAACUCUGAAUCUGGUCGUAGCUGCUGCUAGCGGGAAACUUGUUGUCAUGCUGGAAGGUCAUGCACAGGAUAUACUACAACAGGAUCUUCUAAAAGCCAUCAAAUUAGGUGCAAAAGAGGCUCAGCUCAUAGUCCGUGGUAUAGAGAAACUGGCGAAAGACCAUGGCAAGAAGAAACGCGAGUAUUUAAUACCACAGCCACCUCCGCAAACUGUUAUUGAUUCCAUCCACACACUCUCUAGCAUGAAAAUCAGGGAAAUACUUAGUGAUGCUUCUCAUGACAAAAUGUCACGGGACAAUGCCAUUUCGGAACUGCGUCAAACGGUUCUGAACCAACUACGGGACGAGUCGACUCAAGCUAUAGAUUUACAAGAAUGUUUCAAUGCAAACCUGAGGCAGAUAUUUAGGGAUAUGAUCUUUGAAACUGAUACCCGGUGUGAUGGAAGACAUUUGGAUGAUCUGAGGAACAUUAGUUGUGAGGUGUCCCUAUAUCCGCCGCUGCACGGCAGCGCGUUGUUCCAGCGUGGACAGACCCAGGUGCUGUGUACGGUUGCCUUCGAUUCACCAGACAGUGCGCUCAAGAUGGACACCUUAACUAUGCUCACAAGUGGCAUAAAGGAGAAGAGUUUCUUCCUCCACUACGAGUUCCCGGCGUACGCGACGGGCGAGGUGGGGCGCGGCGGGGGCGGGGCGGGGCGGCGCGAGGCGGGGCACGGCGCGCUGGCCGAGCGCGGCCUGCUGCCCGUCGUGCCGCUGCAGCCCUACGCGCUCCGACUCACCGCCGAGGUGCUCGAAUCCAACGGUUCAAGUUCAAUGGCGUCAGUGUGCGGCGGUUCCCUGGCGUUGUUGGACGCGGGCGUGCCUCUGGCCAGUCCAGCCGCGGGAGUGGCCAUAGGGCUCGUGUCCAGGUACAACGCCACCGGACAGAUGGAGGAUUACAGGAUACUCACUGAUUUGUUAGGUAUCGAAGACUACAUGGGCGAUAUGGACUUCAAGAUAGCCGGUACUAAGAAAGGGAUAACGGCCCUUCAAGCUGACGUCAAAAUACCUGGUCUACCUCUCAAGGUGGUUAUGGAGUCAAUUCAGAAGGCCUGCGACGCCAAGAGCAAAAUCAUUGACAUUAUGAAUCAGUGUAUUGAUAAACCAAGACAGAGUCCAAAAGAAAAUAUGCCUGUCAUUGAGGAGAUGCAAGUAGAAGCUCACAAGAGGUCCAAGCUGCUUGGAGUCGGAGGCUUUAACCUUAAGAAGUUGUAUGUGGACACUGGAGUGCAGGUAACUCCAAUAGACGAGACGAAGUACAGCGUGUUCGCGCCGUCGCAAGCCGCCAUGGACGAGGCUCGCGCGCGCAUCUCCACGUGGCUCAGCGCUGAACGAACUCCUGAACUUGAGUUCGGAGCUAUCUACAAGGCCAAGGUCGUGGAGGUCAAGGACAUCGGUGUACUGGUCACGCUGUACACGGGCAUGGCGCCCGCCUUGGUACAUAAUACACAGUUGGAUCACAGGAAGAUAUCACACCCAUCAGUCCUGGGACUGGACAUCGGGUCCGAGAUACAAGUGAAAUACUUCGGCCGCGACCCAGUGUCGGGUCAGGCGCGGCUGUCACGUAAGGUCCUCACAUCUCCACCGCCAGGCGUCGUUCGGAAACUCGACAAAGAUUAG